CGAUGAUUUACUACAGGAUCCAAACUGUCAACUGAAGACACUGAGGUUUUUGAGUCCUGCUGCAGAAGAAGCCUGUAAAUAUCUGACUGAAGUUCUUCACAUUAAAAACCCAUUACUCCUGAGAGAACUGGAUCUGAGUGAACGUGAACUAGAAGACACACGAGUGAAUCAGAUCUCUGCUCUACUGCAGGAUAAACACUGUAAACUCAACACACUGAUGUUGAAGAAUAGCAGUAUUACAGAAGAAGGUUGUGCUGCUCUGAUUUCAGCGUUUGAUUCAAAUCCUUCAAACCUGAUCGAGCUGGAUCUGAGUGGAAAUAAACUAGAAAACUCAGGAAUAGAGAAGAUCUUUCUUCUGUUGAAAAAUCCUCAAUGCAAAUUCAUGAAACUGAAACUCUCAGACUGCAGUAUCACAGAAGAAGGUUAUAAAGCUCUGGCUUCAGCUCUGAGAUCAAACCCUUCACACCUGAUAGAGCUGGAUCUCACAGGAAAUGAUCCUGGACAAUCAGGAGUGAAGCAGCUCAGUGAUUUACUACAGGUUAAAAACCAUAAACUAAAACUGAGGUUUUUGGGUCCUACUGCAGAUGAAGCCUGUCAGUAUGUGAAAGGAAUUGUGGGUAAAAACCCAUUACUCCUGAGAGAACUGAAUCUGAGUGAAAAUAAGCUGCGAGUGAAUCAGAUCACUGCUCUACUGCAGGAUAAACACUGUAAACUCAACACACUGAUUCUGAAUAACAGCGAUAUCACAGAAGAAGAUUGUCGUGUUCUGGCUUCAGCUUUAAAUUCAAACCCUUCAAAUCUGACAGAACUGAAUCUGAGUCAAACUAAACUCAGAAACUCAGGAAUGAAGAUCUUCUCGACUCUGUUUAAGAAUGAACAGUGUAGACUGAAAAAACUGAAGUUUAAUUCCAUCUGUAUUACUGAAGAAGGUUGUUCUGCUCUGGUAUCAGCAUUCAAUUCAAAUCCUUCAAACCUGAUCGAGCUGGAUCUGAGUGGAAAUAAACUCGGAGACUCUGGAGUGACUCAAAUCUCCAGUCUAAUGAGAAAUGUACAGUUUUCACUGCAGAUACUGAGACUGUCAGACUGCAGUAUCACAGAAGAAGGUUAUAACGCUCUGGCUUCAGCUCUGAGAUCAAACCCUUCACACCUGAUAGAGCUGGAUCUCACAGGAAAUGAUCCUGGACAAUCAGGAGUGAAGGAGCUCAGUGAUUUACUACAGGAUCCAAACUAUCAACUGAAGACACUGAGGUUUUUGGGUCGUGCUGCAGAAGAAGCCUGUAAAUAUCUGACUGAAGUUCUUCACAUUAAAAACCCGUUACUCCUGAGAGAACUGAAUCUGAGUGAACAUGAACUAGGAGACACAGGAGUGAAUCAGAUCUCUGCUCUACUGCAGGAUAAACACUGUAAACUCAACACACUGACGUUGAAGAAUAGCAGUAUUACAGAAGAAGGUUGUGCUGCUCUGAUUUCAGCGUUUGAUUCAAAUCCUUCAAACCUGAUCGAGCUGGAUCUGAGUGGAAAUAAACUAGGAAACUCAGGAAUAGAGAAGAUCUGUCUUCUGUUGAAAAAUCCUCAAUGCAAAUUCAUGAAACUGAAUCCUGCUGCACAGGAAGCGUGUGAGUAUCUCACUAAAGUUCUGGGCACAAGUCCAUUAUUACUGACAGAACUGGAUCUGAGUGAAGAUAAAUUAGGAGAUCUGGAUGGAGAGAAACUCUCUGCUCUUUUGGUGGACUCUCACAGCAAACUGGAGAAAAUGAAGCUGAAUAAUUGUGAGCUGACAGAGAAAAGCUGUUCAGUUCUAGCUACUGUUCUCUCCUCCAAAACCAUCCUGAAAGAGAUGAACCUGAACAACAGUCGUCUGCUGGACUCAGGAGUCAAAGUGAUCUGUGAGGGACUGAAGAAAUCUGUGUGUGAGCUGAAGAUACUCAAGUGA